CUAAAAUAAAAACAAAACAAAAGUUUACUUUGCUUGCUCUAGAAAUAUAAAAAUCGUAAACGAUUAGACAACCUUGUGCUUUACGUUCAUUUGAAUAUAUAAAAUUCCAGAGAAGUGAGAUGGCAUUUGCCAGUAACAACCUGUAAGUUCAUAAGGGAAACCGCACCAUUGCAAUCCAGGACUAUCUUUCGACAUGACCUGCUCGUAUCCUAAUCUCAGCGACGAACCGACAGACAUUAAAAUGGAGCCAGAGUUAAUGAUUGAUGACCACGAACUGUCGGAUAAUGAUAACAUUUUCGAGACAGAUUCCACAGCGAACUUUGAGCCAAUUCCACAGGAAGCCAAAAUGCAUAUCAAGGGAGAAAAAGAACAGGUAUUCUUCAUCGGCGAAAUAGAUGAAAAAAACGACAAUCGACCGAAUGAAGGAUUGAUAAAAUAUUCUAUACGGUUACACUCAGGCGAACGUUCCUAUGCUUGUCUAUAUUGUUCCAAGGCGUUUAAGUUUCAUACAACGCUCAAAAGACAUAUUAGACAUAUUCAUACUGAUGAACGUCCUCAUCCUUGUCCACACUGUACGAAAGCGUUUAAGCAAAACAUAGCGCUCGAAGAGCACAUUCGUACUCACACGGGUGAACGUCCUUUUUCUUGUACACAUUGUACAAAGGCGUUUAAGCAACGUUCAGCGCUCAACAGUCAUAUUCGUACGCAUACGGGUGAACGUCCCCAUCUUUGUCCACAUUGUCCGAAAGCGUUUGUGCAACAUGCAGCGCUCAAAGUUCACAUUCGAACACAUACGGGUGAACGUCCCUAUUCUUGUCAAGAUUGUUCGAAAACGUUUAAGGAUCCAGCAGUACUCAGAAAUCACAUUCGAACUCAUUCGGGUGAAUGUCCCUAUCCUUGCCCAGAUUGUCCGAAAGCGUUUAAGCGAUAUUCUUCACUCAAAAUACACAUUCUAAAUCAUAUGAGUGAAGGUCCCCAUCCUUGUCCACAUUGUUCGAAAGCGUUUAAGGAUCCAAUAGUACUCAAAAGUCACAUUCGAACUCAUAAGGGUGAACGUCCCUAUUCUUGUCAACAUUGUUCUAAAACGUUUAAGGAUCCAACAGUACUCAAAGAUCACAUUCGAACUCAUACGGGUGAACGUCCCUAUCAUUGUCCAGAUUGUCCGAGAACAUUUAAGAAUUCUGCCUCACGCAAGCAGCACAUUGUAGUUCAUACGCGUGAACGUCAACGUUACCUAAGAAAUCACCUAAAUACACAUGGUAAAGAUACAAGCGGUCCAGCGCAGGAAUCACAGGUUACCGUAAAGGAAGAGACAACUGAAUGCGGAUGAAUUCAUUUGUCGUUGUUGGAAAUGGUUGGAAAAUAAAGUAAGUCCAUAGGAUAAAUAUUUUCAAAAGUUUAC